AUGUCAAAACAUGAGAAUAAAAUACAGCAAAGAGUGUGGGUAUAUCGUUCUCCCUUUCUUUCCCAUACUCAUACCUAUGGUGAGUACCGUGCUAUCGCCAGUAUACAUCGUAUACGCUCAACACGCAAAGAUGGGCAUAAGAUACGAGAAAAACAUGUUUUUGGGCAUGCUAGCCAACCUUACACCACACUUGGAUGGAUGUUUUCAGAUCUUUGCACUUAUGGACUGAGACCAAUGAUGACAAAACACUUCCGCCUAAUAACUGGCUUAGAGCUAGGAUCACUUUACUCUGCCCGUGGUUUCUGGCAUCUCCAAGGUUAG